AUUUUAAGAUUAGCUGGCUUAAUGAGACCCCCUCUGCAACUCCAAGACUGAAAUAAAAAUAAAAAAGAAAAGUUUUGUUUUUUUUUUUCCUGGUUCAACUUUUUUUUUUUUAAUAAAAAGGCAAAGGGAAAUUAAAAUGAAUGAAUAAGAAACCAACCCUUUGCUGCUUGAUGGUGGUUUCCUGGAGACUGCUGAGAAGAUGUUUCUGGUUGGAGCUGGCUGAAGCUAUUGUCCGACUGCAUUGAAUCCAAAUCCUGUCUUCCACUCUUCCUCCUUCCAUUUUUCCUUUCCUUUCUUUUUUUCCCCUUUAAAAAAAUCCACCUAUUGUGACCUUGGCCAGCUGGGUUUCUGUGGUUUCAUGUGUGUCCAUUUAGCUUGCCUUUGAGAUCUCCCCAUGGCUGCAUCAGAAGAAGGGACUGGUUGCUUUCUGCCGAGAGGCAGGUCUCAGAGUGACCCCAGCAUCCUCACUGACACCUCUACCGCUGAAGCCGGAGAGAGCCCAGAUGAGAUGGACCAGUCUCCUGCAGUACGUUCCGAAUAUCUGGUCUCAGGGAUUCGCACUCCCCCAGUGAGGAGGAACAGCAAACUGGCCACCUUAGGCAGGAUCUUUAAACCCUGGAAAUGGAGGAAAAAGAAAAAUGAAAAGCUGAAACAGACUUCAUCAGUGCUGGAAAAGAAGAUCGCCACGAGGCAAGGUCGAGAUGAACUCAUUAAAAAGGGUCUGCUGGAGAUGAUGGAGCAAGAUGCUGAAGCCAAAGCAUGCAGUGCUGAUGGUGGCACUAGAGCAACGCAGAGUGAUCCUUCAACCCCCAAAUGCCAGGCCUUUACCUCAGAAGAGAUGCAGCAAGAAAGUUCCAUAGCAGAAGCAGCGGCAGCCACAGAUCAGACCUCACUUGACGAGGAGCUGCACUCAGAGGAGCAAAAAGAAGAUGCAGAGCCCAGCACUGGCACAGAGGCUGAGGAGACUUCUCAGGAAAUAUCUGGAAAAACCAAGCUGCCUUCACCAUCUAGUGAAGAACUAGAGGAUAUCAACCUGUCCUCUGUGGAAGAGUCUGCCCAAGCCUUACCUAUUUCUGAAUCCACAGCCUCUCCCCAUAAACACAUGGAGAGAAACCCAGCCCAGCUCCCCAGCCCCCCACGGCUUCCAGUCCCACCACCGAAGUCAGUCUCCAAUAAAAUCAAUAAAAAUGUAACAGCAGGGAGUGACCCGGAUGAUGUCCCAGUGAAAUCCCCUCCUUCCACAAUCCUGAAGAAUUAUGUUGUUGUUGGUUCCUCUCAAAUCUCAGGACAAGCUACCCUCUUCCAAGCCUCUGGUCAGAAAGUUUCUGAACCCCACCUUAGAGGACAGCAUUCCACACCCACAGGGUCCCCUCAUCUCGCUGCUGUCCAUAGGCCCCUGCCUCCUAGCAGAGUCAUCGAGGAACUCCACCGAGCUCUGGCGACUAAACACCGUCAGGAUAGCUUUCAAGGAAGAGAGAGUAAAGGGUCGCCAAAGAAGCGAGUGGAUGUGCGUCCAUCCAGGACUUCCAGUAUUGAACGAAGCAAAGAGAACGAGAACAUACUGAGCUGUGAUGGGGGUUCAGAGAACAAACGGAACUCAGUUAAAGAGUCUGAUGAAAACAAAGAAAAUAUGAUCAUGAAUUCAGAACUGAAGGACGACACACUUUUAUAUCAGGAUGAAGAAGCUUUGAACGAUUCCAUUAUCUCUGGUACAUUACCAAGAAAAUGUAAGAAAGAGCUUUUGGCAGUGAAGCUAAGAAACAGGCCAAGUAAACAGGAAUUAGAGGACAGGAACAUUUUUCCAAGGAGGACUGAUGAGGAAAGACAGGAAAUCCGGCAGCAGAUUGAAAUGAAACUUUCUAAACGACUGAGCCAAAGACCUGCUGUGGAGGAACUAGAAAGAAGAAAUAUCCUGAAACAAAGAAAUGAUCAGACAGAGCAGGAAGAAAGACGGGAAAUCAAGCAGCGAUUGACAAGAAAGCUGAAUCAGAGACCCACAGUUGAUGAACUACGAGACAGAAAAAUUUUGAUCCGAUUCAGUGAUUAUGUGGAAGUGGCAAAAGCACAGGACUAUGACAGACGAGCAGACAAGCCUUGGACAAGAUUAUCAGCUGCAGAUAAGGCAGCAAUUCGUAAAGAACUAAAUGAAUACAAAAGCAAUGAAAUGGAGGUACAUGCAUCAAGCAAGCAUUUGACAAGAUUCCACAGGCCAUAGAGAUUUUCUUCUGAGAAGAAUUUGUCAAUUUUUGAUACCACCACUGAUCUUUCAUCAGGGAACUUCUCUGAAGUUCUGCUCACAAGAACCUGAUGUUUAUGUGAGCCAAGCAGGACUGCACAGGUGAACUCUGCUGCACUUACCUACCUACAAGAGGAGUCACUGGAGGGUGUUUCACUCUUUGAUGUCCAAAGAGUGGUGACCUGUUGGGGUGGGAAGAUUGGCUGAGGAAAAAGACUGGAGUUAGAAAUACCAGAAGAAAACUGCUGUUCUCCUUUAAUACUUGUUUCAAACUUUACUGCAACGUAGCAGGGAAGAGGAGACGCCGUGCAUGUACAGGCUUUACCAUCCCAAGGCCUCUGACAUCAAGGACGUAUGAUGCACUGUCAUUCAGUAUUACAUUGAUGAGACAUUUUUAUUCUUAUCACAAUUAGUUUGUAAACACUUAAGUUCAUGUUAUACAAGAUGAUUUAAUGUAUUAUAAUUUUCUUUUUUAUAUAACGUCUAACAAGAAUACAGCUGCAACAUUUUGAUUCCUGUUAAUUUGUUCUUUAAUUAAAUGACUACUUAUUGCAGGAAAUUAAAACAGCUUUUAUAUUUUCUUGGGGUUGGACCAGAGAAGAGAGCAGUGAAGUUAGUCACAUUCUACAUUGAGUCAUCAAAGUCUGCAAGUCUAAAAUCAUGAAUGAGAGCUGCAAGAUGUAUUUGUAUGCAGGUUCUUGGGGUUGUUUGGCAGUAAUAUUAUUUUUUUUGCUUUCAUGUAAGUAAGUUCUAAAAGGAUUCUGUGAUUAGCUUUAUCUCAUUAAUUCAUUAAGUUAAACAAAUGCAUUAAAAUUUUCAAUUAACCAAGAAACAAGUAAUGACAUUAGAAAAUACCAAUGAGAAGGAAACUUCAAACUUUUACUGUGAGACUAUUUGCAGAGUCUGGCAAAAACCUUAACCACAUUUUAAUACCAGCCAGUAGUCUCACACAUAAACAAAAGCCUGCUUUGAAUGGAAAAUAAGGAGAGUAAAAAACCUACACUUGCAAGAACAUGAUUUUACUGUUUAUCAGGGCUUUAAAGGGAAGGGUCAAGAUGAGUAAGAAAUUAUUUGAGACAUGAAAAGCAUUAUCCUUAGGUGUUAAACACGAUUCAAAACCCGUCUCAUUGAUGGUAAUCUAAAAAAACCCAAACAAACAAACAACUUAUACAGAGAUAUAGUAUAAUGUAGUGGAAAGAGUGCUGAGUUUGAAGUCAGGGGCCCUGGUUUCAAAUUCCUACUCUGUCACUUACCACCUAUGUGAUUUUGAGUUACACUAAAUGAUCUUCAAAAUUCCUUCCACCUCUAUAUUAAUGACCCCAUGAUUUUAGGAUUUCUUGCCACAUGCUUCUCUCUUUUCUUCUUCUAUGUUCUUUCUCUCUUACUCCUACUAAAUGCCAUUAAGGCUGCCAGUGAUACCUGUAGUCACCACCAGACUUUGGUGGUCGUACUCAGGUCAACAUACCAUUAUGCCAUCUGUUAAGCUGUGUUCACAUAUGAAAAAAACAGAAGCAAUCACUAUUCUGCUGGAUUGGAUCACAACAAUUCAUACCUUGGCACUGUUUU